AGGUCCGCUGCAGUAUUCACACUUUGAUUUCCCAUCCUACGAUCUUCAUACCGUGCAGACAUGACCGCUGGCAACCUCUUGACUUACAUCCGCGCCCAAGUGGCUGUCGAUGUGGACUCUAUGGAUCCGGCGGUUGCAGCCCGUCACACGACGGAGACGGUCAAGUUCUGCGACAUGACGUCCAACCAAGCCAUCGUCUAUGUUGAAGCAGCCAAGCAAGACCGCGCUUCGCUUCUAAAGGCGGCGUGCGCACAGGCUCAAGCAAGCGGAGUUGACGGAGAGCAACAAGUCACAAAUGCUCUGGACAUCUUGACCGUCCUCCUGGCGAAGGAAGUCUAUCCAUACUUAACCGGUCGUGUACACACCGAAACUUCCCCGUCGGCCGCCUACAAUACGGAAGAGACGAUCGCACAUGCUAAGAGACUGGUAGCUCUCUUUGAGGCCAACGGCAUUCCGAAAUCACGAGUAUGCAUCAAAAUUCCUGCCACACCGGAAUCAAUCGUUGCCUGUCAACACCUCGAAACGAUCGGUAUCAGUACCCUCGCAACUUGUCUGUUCUCGGUCCCGCAAGCCGUUGCAGCGUCCCAAGCUGGAUGUCGAUACAUUGCGCCGUAUCUCAAUCAGCUUCGCGUGCAUAUCCAACCCGAGUUAUGGAAGGAAUACAAGGACACGGCUAACGAGCACCCUGGGGCUCGCAUCAUUGCGUCGAUCGUGAACGUUUACAAAAGCAUCGGUUCCAAAACGCUCGUCAUGCCCGCCAGCAUCGUCACCUCCACCGAGGCAGUUGCGCUGGUGUCUCUACAUCCGGACCACCUGACGCUGUCAGGAGCAGUCCUCGACCAGCUCAUCGCAACCGAGCAAACAGCAUCAACGCCGAAUGAUCCCAAGCCCCACCACCCGGAGGUCGGUCUCAACGCAGACUCCUCGAUCAUCGAGACGGAUUUCCUCGCGAACGGCGCGGAUGCGCUCCGGGCGGCAUUGUCGGUGGAUGCUGAGUCGACGCGCAAUUUGGCCGAUGCUCUCAAGAUAUUCGACGAGAUGGAGCAGAAGACGAAGGAGCUGAUCCGCAAAGAGCUGAACCUCGUUUGAGUGGAUCUAUUUGCUUGAGAGCCUAAAUAAGGAUGUAUAACCAGUUUGUACCAUGUAUUCUUGGUUUCGACCCGAACACAAAUUACAGUGUAUAUACCAAUAAUGCAGUCGAGAGACCAUCAC